CUCCAUAAUGAUACGCUGAAGACACUACUACACUCAAUUGACACUUGCUUCUCCAUCAGCCCCUCAUACGGCUUUUUGGACAUAUGCCCCAAUUCAUCUGAUUGAUGUUGACAAUUAAACAACUCGACCGGACCGAAUUAGUGGCUCGAACCGGUCGGUUUGAUCCGGAUCUGAUAUAUAACAGACGUUAUAACUGUAGUAUCGAAAUCAAAGCUCCAUCUCCGCAUCCCUCAAACAGAGAACCGAACAACAUUUAGAACAUGGCAUCCGUUUCGGCGAUCUCUGAAGCUGAUCGACUGGCGCAGUUCAGGGCCUUCGACGCAACGAAAGCCGGUGUAAAAGGGCUGGUGGACGCUGGAGUGACCGAAAUCCCUCCUAUCUUCUACACGCCGCCUGAAAUCGUACUGGACAGCAAAUCAGGUGAUGACAAGAAGUUCACCUUCCCUGUCAUUGACUUAGAAGGCGCGGCCACAGAUCCAGCCAAGCGGAAGGAGAUCGUCGAGAAAGUUCGAGAUGCUUCCUCCACUUGGGGGUUCUUCCAGGUCCUUAACCAUGGAGUUCCACUCAACGUUCUCGAGGAGAUGAAAGCCGGAAUCAAGAGGUUCUACGAGCAGGAUCUCGAGGAGAAGAUGAAGUUCUUCACACAUGACCUCACUAGAAAAAUUGCUUACAGCAGCAACUAUGACAUGGUAAUCCCGCAGGUCGCUACUUGGAAAGACACCACUAUGUUCUUCAUGGCUCCAGAUCCUCCCAAGAACGAAGAACUCCCUGCUGCUAACAGGGAAAUCAUACAGGAGUAUUCCAAGGAGAUGGUUAGGAUGGGCGACCUGAUCUUUGAGCUGCUCUCAGAGGCUCUAGGACUUGACCCAAAUUACCUGAGAAAAAAGGAUUGCUUGAUGGGACAUUACAUUGUGUGUCAUUAUUAUCCACGGUGUCCUCAGCCUGAUCGUACUUUGGGGACAAGCAAGCACACAGACUCCGAUUUCAUGACCAUACUCCUACAAGAUCAUGUUGGGGGGCUUCAGGUGCUCCAUCAGGAUCACUGGGUUGACGUAACUCCUCUGCCGGGCUCCCUUGUAAUCAACAUCGGAGAUUUGCUUCAGCUUAUGUCCAACGAUAAGUUCAGGAGCGUGAAGCAUAGGGUGCUAGCAAAUCGCAGCGAUGAACCGAGGAUAUCGGCGGCGUGCUUUUUUAGCACCGGCCUUCUGCCAAACCCAACAAAGUAUGAACCCAUUGUGGAGCUACUAUCUGAAGAUAAGAAUCCUCCCAAAUACAGAGGGACCACAAUCUCAGAAUACUUGAUGUCUAUAGCUAACAAUAAUGAAAUCGAUGGGGAGUCUCUUCUUCUUCAGCAGUUCAAGCUCUAAGUUUCGAGACUCUGGAGAUUGAUAUGAGAAAAACUUCAGUGUGUACAACUUGACAUAUAAUAAGAAAAUAAUAUGGGGAUCGAAUGAUGAUAAUAUGACCGAGCAGCAGCUGAAAUUUGUACCUCGUAUGUUACAUAAUGAAGUUUAAUAAAUAAAUAAAUAAUGAAGUAAAAUAAAUAAAUAACUUUGCACCAAUGGAUCGAAAUAUAUAUUAUAUUAAUUAGUGUAUCUUGAUGCUUGAAUUACUUUGAGCUUCUGUAGUUGUAUUAUGUUAAGAAAUAUUUGUGGUCCCUUGUGUAUAUUAGUUUGCAAUAGUUCAUUCAAUAACGCUUAAUACGUGUAUAAUAUAAAAUUCUUGUUCUCUUAUUAUUACAAAAUCACCCAAUUACUGUUCUCCUUUGUUUUAUGAUUAAAGGGAUUUAAUUGAU